CCAUCUCUCACUACAGUACAUGUCCCUCGACCUCUUUCCAUGCUCAGGUCCGAUGUCGCUUUUCGAAACCGGCGGGUGAUUCUAUUCUGGCCGUUGAAUCAGACGGGCUUUCGUUCACGCUCUUUCAAGGUACUCGUCCGCCCUCGACACAUCCACCCUUUCCUUGUCCAUCCUCGCCCCGGUCCACCGAUUCGUCGCUCGCCCAGCUCGAGUCGAACAUGGGCAGCACUCGCCUCUAACAAUGUAUUUCAUGAGGGUGACGUAUCCUACCCACCAGCUCUUCAGUCCGUUCGAUCCCCUUCCGACGAUGCUGCAUGGCUCGAGAAUAUACAAAACCUUCUACAGGACGAAAUCGGAGCCUCUGAGGAAUGGGUCGCCCGGGUCGGGAAUGCUAUCGCAGAACUGGGCACACCAUUUCAUACACGUAUCGGUGUCUAUGGUGACCGUAUUGCAGCGCCCAGAGACCUGGUAACCGCGCUGGUCCAGGAUCCCAUGAGUGAUACAACAAGCACCAGGCAACUGUUAGACAGACGAAAAGGCGAAGAAGACUAUGCUUUUCACAUCCGUCAUUCUCCAGAGCUGUCGACCAGCGCCUCAAGCCUGGCAAAGCCAUCAUCGUGGCUGCAAACAGGGGAAUGUGAGAUUCUAGAGGUUGCACACCAGUCAAGCUCCUCUACCCUCAGCGAUCUACUACGUACAGACUUCAUUCUUCUCAUCUUGGACCCCAUCCGCCUACUUGAAGCACCUUCCAUCAGUCCGCUCAUUCCAUAUCUCUUCAGAAGAGGAGGUGUACAAUUGGUAGUGAAUGGCCCAUUACCGCCAGGAACCUCAGAAAACCGCCUCGAAAAAACGCUAAGCAAGCAAAUCAAGGCGGCGAUGCUUGCAAAUGAUGUCAUCCCCAGCCCCGACAUCCCAUUCUCCUUCGUCGAUAGCACCCGGGCCAUCGAAGCUUUGGAUGCGUUGUCAUAUGCUUUAAAUGCCUCCGACAGUCUGCCCGAUGCCAGAUCACUUGCAUUUCAGACGUUCCAGACGAGUUUCCUUGCAUCAAAUAUCGGCAACCUGCAAAUCUAUCUUCUUUCCCGUUUGCGCACAUCGAGACCUCCUGCGGAUUGGCGUGCAGUACAAGUAGGGCGUUUAGCUCUGAAUCACGCCAAUGACAUACUCCAAGAAGAGCGCAAUAUUAUAGGCGAAAUAGAAGCUGUUAUUGACGAUCUAAGACGCUCCGCGAUUGAAGCUGCGACUCGAGUACAGAGUAAGAGUGUGGUGGGCAGAGGUAUUGAUGGGGGAUUGAUACAGGGAGGAGUGGAGGACAUCUUGAUGGAUGUUCGACAGGACUUGAAACGAGAUCUAGGUGCGAGAUACACCUUCUUGCAGCUUGCACUACUGGGAGCGGCCGACGACCUCGGAUCAGACCUUGCCUCAACCAUCCGGACACGAUUCGGCACGUCACUGCAACAGAAUAUCACCUUUGAAGCAGGUCAACUGGCGGAAGUACAAGCUCAGCUUUCCAGGACCGCAGACGAGACCGUCCGCAAAUUGUCAUCACCACAAUCUUAUACCUGUCCCUCGCACCCACUCACGUCACCGGUCUUGCUCAACCACCUUUCGGCUCUUUCUCUAUCGAUACCGCCACUUUCUCCAGCUUCACUUCAUCACGCACUUCGGCAGAGACGAGAUGAGCUACUAGCAGCGUGUCUCCCUCGUCUUCAUAAAGCCGCCAGCAGAUCGGUCCUUGCAAGUUAUGCCAUCGCGUCAUCGAGCAUUAUGAGCACAUGGAUCAUGGCCGUUCCACCCAUCCAGGUGAUUUCCCCGGGUCUUGCAUUUGGGCUUGGACUACUAUCCGUACUAUCCUCCAUUGCUCUCGGUCAACGUCAGUGGAACCGAGCGCAGAAGGUAUUCUGGCGGGAUUGGGAGAGAUCCACAAAGGUGAUCCGGGAGGACCUCCAGAACGAGUUCCUCCUCACUGUGCAAUCACAAGUGAUCGCUAAACCAUUGACUGCAGCAGACGGGCUGAGAAGCUUGAUAGAGAAGCGUCGUCGACGUCUGGAUCGCGUGCAGGACAAGCUCAUCGCCCUAUCGCCAUCUAUCAAUCCGCAAAGUAGUUGACGAAAGGGUUUUUCUGGGACAGAUAUGCAUGCUAGAUGAUC